CUUUUGAAGAGAGAAAUUGUGGAAUGUCAUAUAGAUUAGUAUUGCCGGGAUUGUCACUUUUAUAUGUGGUGGUGGCGUGCAGAAGGGCCGACUGACAUUUUACGGCUCAGAUUAUGGCCUGGUCUCGCAAAGUCCUACUCUAGCCAAGAGACUUCAGCCUUUGUAGUUAAUUAAUCAACAGUCCAUUGGACUUAUUGUGUGAUUUCAUAAUGCGUUUUCUGCUGGAAUGUAAAUGAACUGUGAUGGAAUUGCUCAGUGGUUGUAUUUUUUGUGAUGCUUGAUUGUUUUGUGAUGGAGAGCUGGAAUGUGUAACUGAAAUGGAACCUUGGUUUGUGUAGCUAGACAUGAAUAAGAAAAAGAAAUUUAUUUUACCUCUGCCACAGAGAUCAAUAUCCAUUGAGGUCAACAACAAUUAUGACUUUUCCAGUCCUGAGAAAGGCAUUGUUAUGGCCAGACCCAAACAAGUAGACCCGGUUGACUAUGAGACUUAUAUCGGUAAGAACAAGAGUAUCCUCCACAAUGACCCCCAGAGGGAGAUGCUCACAUUCCCGUACGAUGACAUCAUCAUUCCGCCCCCAAAUCCACCUAAGAGGAUGCGUACACUGUAUUCCACUGUUCCUGAUUCAGCAUUGGAUGAGGCCAAAGAUUUGUUGCUGCGGCAGUGUAUAAAAUCCUAUACAGACAGUUGUCAUAUUGUCAGGUUCAAGUACAGUGCCUAUGCUGGACGAUAUGAGAAACUACCCAAUAUCAAGAAUACAGACCCUCUACCUCAGCACACAUUUGAGAUUGAUGCUGAACCAGAAGAAAGGGGUGACGAGGACACAAAGAGUUUGACGGCCAGGAUUCAGAAAACAGGCUGGUUGUAUAAAGGUCCAGAUGGAGGCAAAGAGAACAUCAUUAGUUUUACAAGGCAAUUCAAGAAGAGAUACUUUAUACUAAAGCAAGAGUCAGACUUCACAUACAGCUUACAGUUCUACAAAGAUGAGCGGAAAACAGAUGCCAAAGGAGCCAUAUUUCUGGACCUGGCAACUGAAGCUAGGCCAAACUCUAAGAGAGGGAAGCACUGUUUUGAAGUGGUCCUCACCAAUGACCGCCCCCCGUAUGUGUUCGCUGCGGAAUCAGAAACAGAGAUGAAUGAUUGGAUCAGAGUAUUGAACAAAGCAAUAAACGCUGCAGAAACUGCAUCUAAUGUGUCUAUGGAAAGGAAUAGAGAGGAAGUUCAAACUCCUGACAAGUCUGGAGAAAAAGCAGAAAUUAGCAUGCAUCCAGAGUUAGUGAAGUACAACAGAGAAAGUGAUUUGAUGUUAACAAAGGCUCGAGAAGAAAACAGGCACAAUCUAUUUCGAGUUUAUCCAGGCAUUAGGUUCCACUUUGAUGAGGACGAUGAGGAGGAAGAUGAGAAUCAGGAGGACAUUGAGGUGUUCCCGGCCACAGUGUGUGACCACUACCUGAUGAGACUGGUGGACUUCAAGCUUAAAACACAGGUCAAUCUGGCAGAGGAGGGGCUCGGACAGAAGUUCGCAAAUCCCGAGCCCUUCUUUCUGAGUUUUGCUUUGUACGAUGCCAAAGAAGGAAAGAAGAUUUCGGAGGAUUUCUACAUAGACCCCAAUGAGAAGGAGAUCAGACAGAUGGUCCCUGAUGAUGUCUUGUUAGCGUCAGACAAACUCCACUCUGUAGAGGGCAGGAAUACCUCCCCAAAUCUCCACGACUUGUCAGAGGAGUGGCUGCUUAAAAAAGACAGACAUGGUGUGUUCUCGGUGACUUCCUGCCAUGCUGAGGUGUACUUGUUUGUGAGGGUAGAGAAGGUCCUCCAGGGCUCCCUAUCCCAGGCUUGUGACCAGUACCUCAAGGCCCCCUCUGGUAACAAAGUCUACAAACAGAUGAGGCAGUUCUGUUCACAGAUCGGACAUCACAGAAUGCCAUUUGGAUGGGCUGCAAGACAAUUGAUCAUUGAAACAAAUGGUCCAGCAGAAUUAAAAAUUUACAGACAAGAUCCCUCAAAGUUUUCAGAACAGGAAGUUAUCAAAGUUCUUCAGGACUUAAAAAAGCCUGAAAAACAAGGAAAACUUCAAGAGAUCCCAGGGUGCUUAAAAAUUACAAUUCACAAAACAAACCCAGAUCAGCCCUUACAAAAUACUUUGACUUCCUCUCUAGUGCCAAUUAAACCAUUCCCCAUCCCCCCGCCUGACCCCCCAGCUAUAGAAGUGGAACAGUUUGUCCUAGAUAGGGCAUCAUUCUGUGAUACAUUUGACUCUUAUGUAAAUCAUCUUUAUGUUUAUCCCAUGAACCUUAGAUAUGAACACCAAAAAUCAUUCACAAAGGCAAGAAAUAUUGCAUGUUGUGUGGAGAUCAGAGAUUCAGAUGAUGAAAAUGCAAUUCCAUUGAAGCGUAUAUAUGCUCGCCCAGAAGUAGGUGUGUUCACUACUGUUGCUAGUGCCACUGUUCUCCAUCAUAACACUUCACCAGACUUCCUAGAGGAGGUGAAGAUAGCUCUUCCCAUACAGUUGCAUGAUAAACAUCAUAUAUUAUUCCGCUUCUAUCAUGUUAGUUGUGAAGGCUCAAAGUCUAAUCGUAGUUCAGCAUCUUCCAUUAAAAAACGAGACAAUAUAGAGACACCUGUAGGAUUCGCUUGGCUUCCUCUUCUGUCCCAGGGCAGAGUAUCAGUAGGGGAACAGAGUAUACAAGUGGCAGCCUGUACUUCAUUACCUAAAGACUACCUCAGUGCUAGAUCUCCAGACAGAUCAAUUCCAGCACCAGAAAUCAAAUGGGUGGAUAAUGGCAAACCAAUCUUUAAAGUCAAAGUCCAUCUACAAUCCACUGUAUACACAAAGGAUCAACAUUUACACAACUUUUUUUACCACUGCCAAAAGAUAGAAAAUGCAUUAAUGCCUGGAACAGAUGUGGAUAGCUUAAAUAAAAUUAAGCUUGACAAGCCUACCAUGGAUUUGGAGAAAACCUUUCUAUCAAAUUCAGCCAAGUCUCUGCACGCUGUUGAUGUACUGACUUAUGUCCAGUUCUUGCCGACGGUGUUAAAUCAGCUGUUUUCCCUCCUUGUUAAGACCAUCAGUGACGACGUGGCCCUCAAUGCUGUCAAAGUUUUGAUUCACAUUGUCACUGAGGUGUCCCUAGCUGAUAAACAAGAUGCUCUUAAAAGUUAUGUCAAGUAUGUGUUUAACCCUGACCCCAUUCCAAAAGGCAGUAAAAAUGUCCACACAGUGCAUGAGGAGCUGGCCAAAAACCUGACCACUAUCCUCCGACCGGCCAACGCUGACAAUGUAGUGGUCUGCAAGUUCCUCAAGUACUCCUGGUUCUUCUUUGAGAUCCUCAUUAAGAGCAUGGCUCUCUACCUCAUAGGCACAGACAGAAUCAAGAUGCCAAGGAAUGAGAGAUUUACAUCUGAUUAUCAGUUCAGAAUACAAAACCUGCUUCAAACACUGACUCCCAAUAUCAUCCAGAAACAAAGAGAGAUGCCUAGAGAGACAAAGAUGGCCAAUCAAAGUUUAGCCAAGUUUGUGAAGAGUUGCUUUACAUUGAUGGAUAGAGGAUUUGUGUUUAAGAACAUUGCGUCUUAUGUAGAACAAUUUGGUCCAGGGGAUUCCAAGUCUCUGUAUGAUCUGAAGUUUGAGUUUCUGUGUGAGGUUUGUUCACACGAGCACUAUAUUCCCCUCUGUCUUCCAAUCAUGAGGAAAGGCAUGAUUAAGUCCUUCAAAGACAUCAAAUUAGAAGGUAACUUUAUAUACCAUUUCUUUUAGAAUGCAGGUCUUUAA